CUUUCUCUCUUUUCCCUCUGCACUAAUUGCUGCACUAAUGAACGAGGCGGAAACCAUUUGCGCGCAAUUCGAGGAAGCUUGCUCUGAUUUUCAGGUACCUGCAACAAGAGCAGCAGCCGAACACGUCUUGUCGUCGUUUCGACAGAUCCCUAAAGUCUUGCCAAUAUGCAAAUACAUUUUAGAUCACGCGCAAAGUCCUAUGGCACAGUUUCAAGUCGCUCUUGCUAUUGGUGAAGUGUCUAUGCGAGACUACACGCUUUAUCCGCUAGCUGAUCUGACUCAACUCAAGAACUAUAUGAUCGAAUACUGUUUAAAACGAGUAGAGUUAGUUUGGAUUGAUGCAUUCAGGAUGCGGGGCGUAGAAAAAGGAGAAGGGGUUGAUGGUGUAGGUGAUGGUAGUAGUAAUGGUGGGAAUGCUGACGAUGACUUCAACGCGUUUAUCAGUCUUAUGAAAUAUGUUCGCGAACAACUUUUAUGCGACAUUGCUCUUAUCACCAAGCGAACUUUAUUUGAUAUCCCGGAUGCGGAUCGCGAAGCAAUCUACAUGUCGCUCGAGCACCUUUUUGCUAUGGAAGAUCACGGAUCCGUUGUUGGUGUGGCACUCGCGGGUGCUCUUGUCGAUCAAUUUUCAACGACACGAUCCUCGACAAUUGGUUUAAGCUGGGAAUUCCACUACAAAGCUAAGUCUCAUAUUCUUCACGGAAUUUUCCAGAAGUCUGUCACGCGAUUGCAUGCUUUCGUUUCUCAAUUACAACAACAAGGCUCAUUUUCGACCCCGCCUCCACUUUUGACAGAGCUUGUCACUUUGAUAGAAAAGAUAUUGCAGUGGCAAUUUGAAUCAACCCAGAAUGGACAAGUAUUGCCUGGCACAUUCGCAAAGAAAGCUGACGACGAGGACUUUGAUAAAGAAGAUGGCCCUGGUGCAGUGAAAAAGACUUAUACCGUAUUCCCCAAGACUUGGCAACCCCUCGUCGCCAACACAGAUGUCAUCUGGUUAUUCUUUACAACCUGCUCACUUGUUCAAACAGAUGACGUUUUGGGCCACAGGUGCCGACAAUGUCUUAUUCAGUUAGCCGGCUUCAACGAAGAAUUCUUUGACAACGAUGUGAACCGCGCCAAACAAUAUGCAACGACGUUCAUCCAUGGUGCAUCCCAAAUGAUGUCAGAACUUCGAAAGCUUGGUAGCGAUCCUGCCGCAUAUUCAGAAAAUGGUCCGCAUCUGCUUGGAACAAUCCAGAUCACUCGCAGAAUUUGCGAAGGUCUGUCUUUGGGAACCUUAUGGAGCAUUCCCGAAUUUUAUCAGUUCAUGGACGAUUUUGGUGAGGUGACCGUUGUUUGUCUUCGAGGAACGGCAACACGAGACAUUGACGAAGGAUGGAUCAGCGAGGCUAGCGAUGAAUGUUUAGAAACAUGGGUGAGAUUAGCUGAAGUGGCUCAACCAUCAGAUGGCCGAGGACCUGAUCCAAAAGCAGGAUUAUCGCCCGCCGAAGCAGAAGAUUUGGUUCGCUAUAUCAAAAAUGGCUGUUCAGGUAUCAUAGCCACUUAUAUCGAGUCGAAGUUAUUGCAGUCGCAGCAGACAGUGCUCGAUGACGAAGAAGACGAGGAUGUUAGCAGUGGUUUUAAAGAUUGGGAUACCUUUGCCGACCAACUUACUUAUAUUGGCACUCUUGGACGCCUGGAUCCAGGAAGAAGUCUUUUGAACAUACAACAACUAAUGGAAGGUCGCUUCCAAUUGUUGAAACAAUACUUUACAAUGUCUGAAAUGGUUAAUGAAGAAAACCAGCUUUACCAUCUGCAAGAGCAUCUGCAUUGGCUGAUUCUUAUUACCGCUCACGUAAUGGCAGAUCCAGGCACAGGCGAACAGCCCAUGAUACCAGACUCUUUGAUGCAUCUAUCUGGCUCUCAGACUCUCGAACAAGAUCAAGUCGCGAAUCUGUCCAAGCUAGUUCUCGAAAUCUUCCGCUUCCUCUCAAGCUUUAGCGCGAACACUGUCGAGGCGUCGAACUGUAGUCCUCAAGUUGCUGAGACGCUUGUUUGGUUUAUGGAACGUUGGAGUAAGACAUAUUUGCUUGUGGAUGAAAACGAAUACGGCUAUAUGAGUCCAAACAUUGCCCGAGUCUUUGGCAGACCAGGACCAUCCGACGGACACGGUUUAGAAAUCAUAGACUUUUUCAUCGAGCAAAUCAAGGCCAAUUUCAUUCUUUGGAGCGCCGAUCCUGAUGUGCUUGUACAGAUCAUCCGAUGGCUUCACUCGUGUGGUAUUUCUACAAACCUAAAAACUGGCCUUUUGCAAUCAAGUAAAUUCCCUGAUCUGGUUCAGUUCGUCACAGCAAACCUGGAACAACUACCAGAAAACGUGCACAAUUCGUUAAUCCAAACUAUUGCGACAAUCUCGAGCGGCGCUGGCGACGCACAAGUACGCGAACAAUAUCUUGGCCUGAUCUUUGGAAUGAUAGAGAAACGACUUGGAUCUGUUUUGCACAAUCCAGAAUUCGUCCACAAUUUCCAGCGCGUUGAUAUGAUGAACGACGUUAUGAAUGCUUUGGAGAUGUUUGAUGGCCUGGCAUUAGCAAGUCAGUACACCAACACCCAAGUCAUAUUUAACUUCUGUUCUCGCUUCUUUGAGAGCAUGCAUCAAUUGAUGAACAUGUACAAAGAUGUAGCCGAGGUUCAGUUGUUACUCCUCCAGUUUUUCUCAGACUUGGCAGGCCGUUUGGAUUUCGGUCUGUUGGAACCUAAUCAAAAGCAGCUAUUGUUUCAAUUCAUAGUCGAAAUUCUCAAGAGCUAUGGUGCUAGUAACAGAGGAAAGAAGCGAAUCCAUACACAAGAAGAAGAAGCCGAUCGUCCAUACCCUGAUGUCGCUACCGCCCUAUCUCUUUUAACAAACACCAUGGCUUCUGAAUUCGAAGACUUCAAUCGUAGUGAAAACGCCACACCUGUUCUUCCUGGCAAUCCAGACGUAGCAGACGUUGUUCUCUUUGGUGUUAACGUGAUCAUCCCUAUGAUUGAUCUUGAAAUGCUCAAGAUCCCGAGCUUGUGCCAGCAGUACAUUAAGCUUAUCUCCAACCUGAUAGAGUUUUUCCCUGAUAAGCUAGUAGCUCUGCCUUCGGAUCUUUUCAACAACUUGAUGGCAAGCUUGGAAUUUGGCGUGGGACACGAUAUUGUAGACGUCAAUAUUCUAGCAUUGCAAGCGAUCGCACCUCUCGCCCUUUGGGCUCAUAACCAAGUCCUUGCUAAUAACAAUGUAGACUUUUUAAAACCGGCGUUACGCAAGUUCCUGGAACAAUUGAUUAAAUUACUUUUAUUCGAGAACUUGGAUUCGUCUGCUGUCGAUGGAGCUUCAGAAGCCUUGCUAUCUUUGAUCUGUGCAGGAAGGGAGGAGUAUUACGCGGUAGUCAACCAGAUCAUUUCUCAGCAAGCCAACGAAAUUCAACCACGAUUACUGCAUGCAUUUGAAAAGUUGGAUGCCACAACGCCCAGGGAACUACGGGGUGUGCUUCCGCCUAGUAGAAAUGUCGCUGGAUUCAAGGAGGCUCUUUUCGUGUUCUUGAUGGACGUACGUGCCGUCCUACGAGUCAAAUAAUAUGAUAUUGAUGAACUCUGGAUGAUGAUGCGUUUAAUUCUAUUUGCAACUUUGGAAGCAAACAACAAAUAUUAAACAAAAAUUAUUUGUAUAUAUCCUCCCACUCUACUACUACAAUUCCUUAUUCUCACUUUUCGCGGUCUUAUAUGUCCCACUCACACUUUUUUAUGUAUCAUUAUGACGUAGUGGUAGUAGUCAGCUAUCGCUAUCAUACGGAAAAUAAUGGACUGUUUAAAACACUACUUUUGUUUGUAGCUACCACUACUAUUAAGUUAUCCCUUUUGUAAUUACA